GAGGGUGGCUUCACCAUGCGGACACAGAGGGUGCGCACGGGGCGCGCGUGCGUGCUCAUUUCGCUAGCGAGCAGGCUUCGCGAAAAUCAAUACCCAUGUCUGCUGUCCAUCUCGACUGCUAGCAAGGAAAGCUCCGUGUGUGCCAAAACAAUCGCAACAACACAAAUAUUCGGCAUGAUGUCCGUUUUGGAGGCAACGGCCGAGCUGCCGUUCAACUGGACGGGGUGUGCGGGGUGCGUGGUGGACGCACCGCCGCCGGACACAAUCCUGCAGAUCCCGCCGCCGCCGCUGCCCAGCUUCCUGCAGAUGGCGCCGCUGCUGCUGGAGCAGGGCAACUUGAGCGGCAACAGCCUGUACCUGGAGGAGGACGAUGAGCACUUCGUGCCGCCGUGCAACCCGCACUGCGACUGGUCCAACACACCUGGCGUCGAGUACGUCGAGCUUUCUCGCAAGGGCGCCGUCAGCCUCGAUGACACCUGGUUCCUCGUGCUCGUUGGCUCCAGCGUGGCCGUCCUCCUGCUCGGCGCAUUACUCGCUUUCGCACUCCUCAAGUGCAAACAUCAGCGGAGCCGCAAGAACCAGAUGGAGGCGUCGCGAGCGGCGGCGGCGGGUAAGCUGCGUCCGGUGAAGCUGAGCGGCCACUGCUGUGGACAGCCGAACGACCCGCACGCCCUUUGGGCCGCCCUAACCACGAAAGGCACUACGGCGCACUUCGCGGUGCCGCCAGACCACCGGUUGCACCACGGUGUCGACUUCUGUCGGCCCACGGCACCUGGCUUCGGCUACUACGGCGCCCUUGACCCGCGAUUCCCCCCGCCGACCACCACCAACAAGAGCGAACCGGGCACCCCUGAGUCGCAGAUCUACGCAGAAAUUCCUGAUAUUAAGAUGGGCAAACUGUCAAGCUUUGACAACACCGCGUUCGAAGACUACGCAUACGAAGACAUGCCAUCCGAGUCGUUCCCCCUAGCUGAGGUCUCCUUCUCCAGGCAAAGCACUCUGAGCCGAUUCGGCACCGCCCGACCCAUGGUCUCACCCCCGACGAGAAUCGACGCGCCUAAUCUGCCCCCGCUGAACCAGAUGAGGCAACGCAACCAGCUUCACAUCUAAAAAUUACCUUUUUCGUGCACAAAUUGAUGCAUUUCAAUAUUUAAUUAUUAGACAAUUUAUUGCAUUUUCUGUUUCGAUCUACGACUGAAUGACAAAGAUACUCGCUAUGAUCUCGAUUACGUAAAUUUAAGAAACUAUAAGUGAAAAUGUGAUAUUCAUUUGCAAAAUUUUUGCCGUUCCUUUCACACUUUGGUAGCAUCGCUUGAAAAAUUAUCCAGGGUAAUUGAAAAGGCACCGAUGCUGGCGGAACUCGCAUUGUGAAGAGGCAGAUUAUAAAACAAUUUAAAAACUCAUUAGAGACUAGUAAUUAGCAAUAUCUACAUAUACGAUGAGUGUUUUAUUAGUAGAAAAGAUGCUAAGGAAUCUUUUAAUGUGUCAUUAAUUGUGAUAGUCGCGUGUAUUUUUUGCUUUUGAUUCCGUCUCCGUCUGCGUAAUUAUAUUUGUUGUACAGAAAACAAUAAAGUAAAAAUCCAUACCCAACAA